UGUGCUAACAGGGUAGACUAUUGAAAAGCACUUAGAACAUAUGAGGCCAACAUACUUUCCUUGUUAGCUAUUCAUAGCUACAGCACAGAAGCAGAUAACGAUCCCGUAUCACCAAGGAAAAAUUGAACUAAGAGUAGUAACUCAUAUUUGUAAAGAUAACAGAAAGAUAAAUGACCUUUGAGGAGGAUUUCCGCCCAAAAUGGUAAAAAAAAAUUUUUUUAAUCUGGUGUUCAAAGAGAUGGAAACACACUUAUGAUGCCUAAUAAAGGAAAUGUGAGGGGGUCAGCAGGCAUACAUAGCUCCUGACAGAUCCUAUCAGGAAACAUGAAAGCCAUAGGUAAGGAAGUAGGAUUUGAGUGAUCACGGGUACGCCAGGCUCAUCUACGCUGACCCCUGCAUGGGUUUGGGGGCCAAGGUCCUUGGCAUCAAGCAUGCCUUUCCUUUUUGGGUCACUGAUUUGAAUGGCAUUUCUUGGAAGUGGAGGUGGAUUCUUUUUUGAACACAUGGAAGAUAAGGCAACUCAGACACAGUUGGGAACUGGCUGCCCUGAGCGUGUUUCAGAAGUGGAAGCAAACAAGUUGUUACAUCUCCACGGACUAAAUGAGAGGCGGAAGAAUAAGGAAGAGUCUUGAAGGACUGACCCGUGAGGAAUGGACCCGGGGUGAGCCCGCCUUCUCUCAGAGAGAACAGGUCUCUUGGCCAGGAGUUCUUGGGGGGCAGCGAUGGCAGUUUUAAUGGGGGAGGAGGGGUGAUUGUAGGCAACCCAUAAAGAGGCAGAGCCUGCAGUGGCCUUGAGCAGAAGGGGGCGUGGUUCCAAACGCCCUCUUCUGGUGCACGCCCCCGCAACCCCCUCUUCCCCGACUAAGGGCACAUUCAGCUGGGGGGAGUAAGCCAGGACACAGAGUAACUGUUUUCCCAACUGACUGAAUUCCGUCCUCAGUGUGGACACCCUGCACGUCCCUGCCGUAGGAGGUGCUGCCAGGGCUGGCGGCUGGCAGAGCUGUUCCUCCCAUGGGGGAUGAGGUCGCCUCCUUCCUGUGUCUGAGUGGGUGAGGGUGGGAAGGUAGGCGGGGCUGCCCAACACAGCACGAGGCUCCCCAAUUGCCCCACUGUCUACGCCACCCUUAAUCCUCGUGUGGAGCAGCGGGUAGCCUCAGAAGCCUAAACUGUGACUUAAUUCCCGACGGUUCUGCCGCAUAUAAAAUACGGAUGAGUCUUUUUUGCCCGUGAGUUUCUGCAGUCAGCUCUUAGUGAAGUCAAGCUGUUGGUCCAAGGGAGAACAGAGCUGCAGGAGACAUGGAACUCUCUUACACCUUCUUGAAAAAGCAAGUCCUGUUGCCUGGGAAAUACUUUUCUCCCCUAGUGAUCUGCACCCCACCAGUGCUGGAGCCAUGGAAGAGGCAACUGAAGUUAUUCCAAGAAAGCGCUCGAAGUUUGGUAGUAAAAGGAAGUGACAUUUCUCCCCUGCCUCCAGGCUGGUCUCUUGGGGAGUGCACAGGGCCAAAAGGAAACUGCUCAGUGUGGGGACGUGAUUGCGUGCUGGGCUCCUGUACGCGUCGGCCGGGUGUCCUAGCGGCACUGGGUACGCGUAGGGCCGUGUGCAAACAUCCCCAGUGCCAGAUGCCAUGGACGAGUGAGAGGAUGACAAUUGGUUUGAUAGGGGUAAAUAAACGAGAGCAAACAUUUGUACAGCGGCGUGCAGCCUGCUCAAGUUCCUGAAGGCUUGGCUGGCAGCCCCUCCCGGGCUGGCUCAGGGGCAGAGGGGAACCCGCGCGACUGGGCCUCCGAGUUAGCCUCCCCUCUGCUAGUUAGAGGGACGCUUUUCGAGCGUUUUCUUCUAACGUGACCAGAUAGCCUGGAGAAGGUGAACUGCUGUUGUGCGAGGUGAAGGUGUGACCGUGAACACAGCGAUGGAGAGAGCUGGGGGCCAGAUGCCCGGGAGCCCUGAGCCGUCCUUCCUGGUGACUCUGGGUGACCCUCAGGUGACCCUGCUGUCUGUCCACAAGCGGUGGUCCUUCAGGAGGAGCCCUAGGGUCACGGGCUCCUCCAGGCCAGUGAUUUCGGAGGAGGAAUGCUCUCCCCCAUCAGAGAAGGGAGAAUUUUCACAGAAAGUUUUGAAUAAAACACAGGAGGUCAGUUCCAAGCAGAUCCUGCCUAAGAUUUCCUGGCCUGCUCGAACCUGGGAGCCAACGAUGAAGCAGAGUUUUGCCUUUGACAACAAUGGCUACGAGGACGGCCUGGAUGGCGUGCACCCUUCUCAGACGGCCACCGGCACCAUCAGCAUCGUGGGCAUGACCUGCCAGUCGUGUGUGAAGUCCAUCGAGGGCAGGGUGUCUAGUCUGAAAGGUAUCGUGAGCGUUAAGGUUUCCCUGGAGCAGGGCAGCGCCAUGGUGAGGUACAUGCCCUCAGUCCUGAGCCUGCCUCAGGUUUGCUGUCAGAUUGAGGACAUGGGCUUCCAGGCCACUGUGGCGGAGGGAAAGGCUGCCUCCCGGCCAUCCAGGUUCUCGCCCGCCCUGGAGGCUGUGGUCAAGCUUCGGGUGGAGGGCAUGACCUGCCAGUCCUGCGUCAGCUCCAUAGAAGGUAAGAUCGGGAAACUGCAGGGCGUCAUGAGGGUUCGCGUCUCGCUCAGCAACCAGGAGGCAGUCAUCACUUACCAGCCUUACCUCAUCCAACCCCAAGACCUCAGGGACCACGUGAACGACAUGGGGUUUGAAGCCGUCAUCAAGAACAAGGUGGCCCCCGUGAGCCUGGGACCUAUUGACAUCAGGCAGCUCCAACGCAGCCACCCAAAGGCCCCUCAGGCUUCCAUUAACCAGAAUGGCAAUAACUCAGAGACCUCGGGGAGCCAGGGGGUGCCCCUGUAUCUGAGAGUGGAUGGAAUGCACUGUAAGUCUUGUGUCCUGAACAUUGAAGAAAAUAUUGGCCAGCAGCCAGGGGUUCAGAGUAUCCAAGUGUCCCUGGAGAACGGGACUGCCCAAGUCCAGUACGACCCUUCCCGCGUCUCCCCAGGGACCCUGCAGAGGGCCAUUGAGGCUCUGCCACCCGGGAACUUUAAAGUCUCUCUACCCGAUGGAGCGGAAGGGAGUGGGACAGACACCAGGAGCCCCCAGGCGCCCGGCGUGCGCUGUGCUGCAGUGCUGGCCAUCGCUGGCAUGACCUGUGAGUCCUGCGUCCAGUCCAUCGAGGGCCUGGUUUCCCAGAGGGAGGGAGUGCAGCGUAUCUCAGUGUCUUUGGCUGAAGGGACAGGAACGGUUCUCUACGAUCCAUCUCUAACUCACCCAGCAGAACUCCGAGCUGCGGUGGAGGACAUGGGAUUCGAGGCCUCCGUCCUGGCUGAAAACUGUUCCAGCACCCACGCUGGGAACCACAGUGCUGGGAGCGCCACAGGGCACACGGCGGCUGGUGCACCUGUGUCCGUGCAGAACGGGACUCCCCAGCCCGGGGGUCUCCCUACAAACCACAACCCCGGCCUCGUGUCCAAGUCCCCUCGGGCCUCCGAAACCGUGGCCCCGCAGAAGUGCUUUCUACAGGUCAGAGGCAUGACCUGCGCGUCCUGUGUGUCCAACAUAGAGAGGAACCUGCAGAAAGAAGCUGGGAUUCUCUCAGUGCUGGUUGCGUUGAUGGCUGGAAAGGCAGAGGUGAAGUAUAACCCGGAAGUUAUCCAGCCCCUGGAGAUAGCGCAGCUCAUCCAGGACCUGGGCUUCAAGGCAGAGGUGAUGGAGGACUGCGCGGGCUCAGACGGCGACCUCGAGCUGAUUAUCACGGGGAUGACCUGCACUUCCUGUGUUCACAACAUAGAGUCCAAGCUCACAAGGACGAACGGCAUCACCUACGCCUCUGUGGCUCUUGCCACCAGCAAAGCCCAUGUGAAGUUUGAUCCUGAGAUUAUCGGUCCGCGGGAUAUUGUCAAAAUUAUCGAGGAAAUCGGCUUUCAUGUCUCCCUGGCCCAGAGGAACCCCAGUGCUCAUCACUUGGACCACAAGCUGGAAAUAAAGCAGUGGAAGAAGUCUUUCCUGUGCAGCCUGGUGUUUGGCAUCCCUGUCAUGGGUUUAAUGAUCUAUAUGUUGAUACCCAGCCACGAGCCCCACGAGUCUAUGCUGCUGGACCACAACAUCAUCCCGGGACUGUCCAUCCUGAACCUCGUCUUCUUUAUCUUGUGUACCUUUGUCCAGUUCCUCGGGGGCUGGUACUUCUACGUGCAGGCCUACAAAUCUCUGAGACACAGGGCGGCCAGCAUGGACGUGCUCAUCGUGCUGGCCACGAGCAUCGCCUACGUCUACUCCCUCGUCAUCCUGGUGGUGGCCAUCGCGGAGAAGGCGGAGAGGAGCCCGGUGACCUUCUUUGACACGCCCCCCAUGCUCUUCGUGUUCAUUGCCCUGGGGCGGUGGCUGGAACAUGUGGCAAAGAGCAAAACUUCAGAAGCCCUCGCCAAACUCAUGUCUCUACAAGCCACGGAAGCCACCGUUGUGACCCUUGGGGAGGACAACUUAAUCAUCAGAGAGGAGCAGGUGCCCAUGGAGCUGGUGCAGCGUGACGACAUCAUCAAGGUCGUCCCCGGGGGCAAGUUCCCAGUGGACGGGAGAGUCCUGGAAGGCAGCACCAUGGCCGACGAGUCCCUCAUCACAGGAGAGGCCAUGCCCGUCACGAAGAAGCCCGGCAGCACGGUGAUCGCCGGGUCCAUGAACGCCCAUGGCUCCGUGCUCAUCACUGCCACCCACGUGGGCAACGACACCACCUUGGCUCAGAUUGUGAAGCUGGUAGAAGAGGCUCAGAUGUCCAAGGCGCCCAUUCAGCAACUGGCUGACCGGUUUAGUGGGUACUUUGUCCCAUUUAUCAUCAUCAUUUCAACUCUGACGUUGGUGGUAUGGAUUGCAAUCGGCUUUAUCGAUUUCGGUGUUGUUCAGAAAUACUUCCCUACGUCCAGCAAGCAUAUCUCCCAGGCAGAGGUGGUCCUCCGGUUUGCGUUCCAGACGUCCAUCACGGUGCUGUGCAUCGCCUGCCCCUGCUCUCUGGGCCUGGCCACGCCCACGGCCGUCAUGGUGGGCACGGGGGUGGCCGCCCAGAACGGCAUACUCAUCAAGGGAGGCAAGCCUCUGGAGCUGGCCCACAAGAUAAAGACUGUGAUGUUUGACAAAACUGGCACCAUCACCCACGGGGUCCCCAAAGUCAUGCGGGUCCUUCUGCUCGUGGACAUGGCCACGCUGCCCCUCCGGAAGGUGCUCGCUGUGGUGGGGACUGCGGAGGCCAGCAGUGAGCACCCCCUGGGCGUGGCAGUCACCAGAUACUGUAAAGAGGAACUUGGCACAGAGACCUUGGGAUACUGCACGGACUUCCAGGCGGUGCCUGGCUGUGGGAUCGGCUGUAAAGUCAGCAACGUGGAGGGCAUCCUGGCCCAGGGCGAGCGCCCACGUGGCCAACCGACCGCCCACCUGAACGGGGUCAGCAGCAUCCCCAUGGAAACAGAUGCGGUCCCGCAGACCUUCUCUGUGCUGAUCGGCAGCCGAGAGUGGAUGAGGCGCAACGGCUUGACCGUCACCAGCGACAUCAGCGACGCGAUGACCGAUCACGAGACGAAAGGCCAGACGGCCAUCCUGGUGGCCAUCGACGGUGUGCUCUGUGGCAUGAUCGCCAUCGCAGAUGCGGUCAAGCAGGAGGCCGCCCUGGCCGUGCACACACUGAAGAGCAUGGGCGUGGAUGUGGUUCUGAUCACGGGGGACAACCGCAAGACAGCCAGAGCCAUUGCCACCCAGGUUGGCAUCAACAAAGUCUUUGCGGAGGUGCUGCCUUCUCAUAAGGUGGCCAAGGUCCAGGAGCUCCAGAACGAGGGGAAGAGAGUGGCCAUGGUGGGCGACGGUGUGAACGACUCCCCGGCCCUGGCCCAGGCCGACGUGGGCAUCGCCAUCGGGACGGGCACGGACGUGGCCAUCGAGGCAGCUGACGUCGUCCUCAUCAGAAAUGACUUGCUCGACGUGGUGGCCAGCAUUCACCUCUCCAAGAGGACCGUCCAGAGGAUACGACUCAAUCUGGUGCUGGCACUGAUCUACAACCUGGUCGGGAUCCCCAUUGCAGCAGGUGUCUUCAUGCCCAUUGGCGUCGUGCUGCAGCCGUGGAUGGGCUCGGCGGCCAUGGCUGCCUCCUCCGUGUCCGUGGUCCUCUCGUCACUGCAGCUCAAGUGCUACAGGAAGCCGGAGCUGGCGUGGUAUGAGGCGCAGGCGCAGGGCCGCAUGAAGCCCCUGACCGAGUCCCAGGUCAGUGUGCACAUCGGCAUGGACAACCGGCGGCGCGACUCCCCACGGGCCGCGCCCUGGGACCAGGUCCGCUACAUCAGCCAAGUGUCCCUGUCCUCCCUCAAGUCUGACGGGCUGUCCCGGCACGGCACCGCGGCCGGCGACGAGCGGGGAGCAAGUGGCCUCCGCUCCUGAGUGACCGGGACCAGGAGCCAUGCGUCCGAAAGCCGCAGGCGGUUGUGGCCCCCACCCGGCCCCCCUCCCUGUGUGGCCGAGGCUCCAGCCUGACAGCAGCAGCAGCAGGCGGCGGAGCCCCUCGCCAGCCCUGGACGUUCUAGAUCACCCCUCCCCGCGGCUUGUGGACCACGCUGCCGGGGUCCCAUGGGCUCAUUGGAAACCUUGCUGGCCUCGAGAAGAGGAGGGACAGCCAGCCCUCCUCGCAUCCUGUGCCGUAGCGUUUGGGAUGACUGCCUGUGAAACGAGGACGAUCUCGUUGGGUCCAAAAACUUAGCUGGGCCUGUCCACAGAAUUCAUUAAAACCUCGGGCUCCGGCGCUUUUUGUUUCUUUUGGUUUUUGUUUUUUUGUGUUUUUUUUGCGGUACGCGGGCCUCUCACUGUCGUGGCCUCUCCCGUUGCGGAGCACAGUCUCCA